UUAUCAAUAUAUGAUACAAGUCGGGUGUUUAUCGUAAUUUUCUGGCUUAUCGGUGCACCCGGGUUUUCAGCUUAUCUAUAAUGCCAGUCGACAAAACUUCUUGCAAUGUUGCAAUAAAUUCGUCCGUUAUGCAUAAUAAACAAUAUAUCAUACUAAUUAUAUCAUUUGUCAAGUUAUUAAGCUCAUUUUAUAUUACUGCAAUGAUUUAAAAAAUUAUUCCAAUAAUUUUAUUUAUAUAUCCAUUCUAAGAAAGUUCCAAGAACGUCAAUAUUGUCGUGGCCAUUUAAAAUUAUUUGCAAAUACAAAAAAUUUCUGGAUCAACCUUGACCUUCAACUGUCAAAAUGCCAUGCGUUUAAUUAAGAAUGUUUCCGCGAUUAAAUUACAUUUGGAGAUGAUGAAAUAUGUGCAGACCAUAUGAAAGGAUACGUUUCGCAUCUACACCGAACUUCUGCGCAGUAAGAUUUGGAAAAUGUUGACAAAGUAUUACAAAUAAGUGACAAUUGGCUGGAAAAGUGGAGAAUACAAAAUUGGAAAAUUUAAAUAAUUAUCUCAACUUAACAUCCAAGAAGAAAUGUUCAGUCAGAAACAUAGAAGAGGAGGAUCUUGGAGUCCAUCAUCAGAUGUUGACGAUGAGUUUGAUGAGAUGAAUGACAUCUAUGGUCAAACACCUCCCAGGACCAGAUAUAAUCGUCGACAACGUGAACGGAAGCAGAAAAUGAUGUCAAUAGGAGGUGAUAGCAAGUAUGUGUCACCAAAAGAGACUUAUAGCAAGUCCAGUAAGCCAACUUUAUGUCGACGAAAUACUCUAGACACCAUUAUUUUCAAUAAGAUGUGUGAUCAAGCGGACAAAGAUCAGGAAAAAGAAAAUGCUGAAGAAGUAGCGAAAGAAAAUAGUAGAAAAUGCAAGAGAAGUUUAAAAAUGACUCGUAACAGUGAGAGAGAUUUAAAAUUAGACAUAGACACUGCCAAUCAGUGUUCUCGGACAACAGAGCAUGCUACUACUACGUGCAGCAACAUGAAGGUUUUAUGCGGUGUGAUAGAGACUCGAAAUAGAUUUCGUUGCCUUCAAUCCAAGCCAGUAGAUGUGUGCAAAAAAAAGCAAGAGUCAACUGAAGAAAACGAGUCUACAGUUAAUAAUGAUGAAAUCCAAUCUAAAAACUUAAAAGAACGUCAGAUUUUUCAUGAUACUUUUUCCUACCUGAUACGACUUGGUAGCGGAGACUGGGAUAAAAAUUGUCGACGUCAAAUGAGCAGUGAAGAAACAAGAUGGCAAAGUGAAUUAAAAGACUUAAUUUGGUUGGAACUUCAAGCAUUUCAUGCUGAUAGAAGUCUUUUUGCUCAAGAUGAAUAUUUAUGUAAACAGAGAGAAUCUAUUGGAUCAUUAUUGACAGAAAUUAUAAAUUACAGGUAUGAUCCAAAAUCUAGUCUGAUUGAUCUUAGUUCAGCAACAUCAAGUUCAAGUGACAGCGGUUUUGAGGGUUCACUGACCCCUUCAAUAUUUCAAGAAUCAGAACUUUAUAUUGAAAGUACUGAAGUUCCAGGAACAUUCUAUCUUUGUCCAGGGUGUUUAUCUAUGCAUUGUCGUUCAUGUUUACAUUCACAAAUGGCAGCCUUGAAGCAAGUGGAAGAUCUUCUGAAUCGUUUGGAAACAGCUGAAGCUCUUUUUCCAUCAUCACACGCCUUUGGAUUACAUUAUCCUGAAUAUAAAAGUCAGGAGUUUAUUGAUAGAGUCAAAGCCAUGUGUUUGUGGUACAAUAUGACUCGACAUCACAGAUUAAAGGUUCAAAUUCUCGGAAAAUUAUUGAUGCUUCUUGAUAAUAAUGAGAGAAAUUAUUCCGAUUUAAUGAAGAAAUCAUUUGAAUCGAAAUUGUUUGUUAAAUUUGAUAUUGCUUUAUAUGAAAAUGUUGAUGAUUUAUCCAAAUCAAAUCAAAAAGGUGAUUCAUCUUGUGAUCCUAAACAAUCUGAUACGUAUUCCAAGUCUGCACUUGCUCUCUUUAAUCAUAAUAGACUUAAUCAGUUAGAUUUUUAUCUGAUGGAAUUUGACCGACAGUCAUACCGAAAAUAUAUCGAAGAAGUAUUGAAAACUCGUGGAUUGAGCAAGAGCUUAAAUUUUUUAGAGAGACUGCAUACAUAUGUACUAAGAAAAGCUAAUAUUGCAUUAACUAAAUAUGAGAAUAGUGAGAUGAUGAAUGAAGAAUAUGAAGGAGAUAAAGAAUUAAAACGUUAUGGAAUGUGGAGCGCUGAAUCUAAAGCAUUAAACCUUCCAUCUUAUGCAUCAGCAUUUAUAUUCUUGUCUCGAGUACCUUUAGAUGUGGUUCAUGAAUUCCUUCGAAUGCGAUUGGAGCAGAAACCAGAACAACCAGGUCCUUUAUCUAUCAGACAAUUGAUGCGGGAAAUGAGAGAGGGUUUACGGAUCGCUUGUAUUUAUCGUAAUCGAUUUAUUGCCCACUCAAAAACUGCUCUAGCAUGGGGGCAUUCAGCUUUAGAUUGUGAUAACAUUGAUGACUUUGAUGAAAGUCUCAAAUCAGUAUUCCAAAUCUACUUAAAUUAUUUAAAACAGUGGAUCGAGAUGAUGCAAGAUAAUAAUUAUCACAAGUUAUUGAUUGAUGAUGAAUGGGUUUUUGUUACAAGCAUUGUUGAAAAUAUUAAUCAAGGCUAUAAUAUAGGUGGUAUAGAAUUCUGUGAUAUCAAUCGCUUGAUGAUUGAACAAAUUCAAGAUUUUUUAAAUAGUCGUCCUAGAGAAAUUAUUGAAUCCAUGGAAAUGAUUGGUGAUGAUGAUUCAACAACUAAAUUCCAGUUGAUGUCAUUAGGUCGAGAAUGGCAAUGUAUGUUUGUAGAAGCGAGAGAAAGAAUUUUGAAGACUUUAAACAUGGCUAGAACAUUGCGAAGGGAUACUGAAAAAUGGUGUAAAUCCGAUGAACUAGUGAAUGCGAUCGAAAAUUUAAAAAAAUCAAUUUAUGGUCUUAAGGAUACAAUUGUCGAUGCUAUUGAAAAGUUUCAAAUUCAAGUCGAUGAUGCUGAAGAGCCAAAAAAUGAAAAUGAUCGAUUGGCUUACAGAAUCCGAGUAAAAGAAAUUUUACACCAAGCUUAUAGGAUGGGUUUUGACAGUCAUAAAGAAGUAUUUAAAAUAUUUGGUGAAGAUGAAAGAAAAUGUCUAGCAAGAGAUCUAGUGAAUUUUGCAAUGCUUUGGAUGAAAUUUGUAAAAACCAGAUGUGAAAGAGGACGUGGACUAAGGCCACGAUGGGCAAACCAUGGAUUAGAGUAUCUUACAUUUGUUUGUGAUCCUGCUAACACACAAUUUUUAACUGAUGAAGAGUUUGAAGUGUUCAAAACAAAAACAGAUCGGUGUAUUAAUCAUAUUAUUGGUAGUUGUAAAUUGGCUGAUUCUAAUAACUUAGAUAAAGACACAUUAAAGAAACUACCAAUCUCUCGAGCACCAUCUCCAGCUCAUCAUCAAAAAAGCAUUUCAAUUUCUAAAUCUAAGGAUAAUUUAAAAGGAACACCAUCUCCAAGCAACGAAAAAGAAGUGAUAAAUUUAACCAUACCAGAGCCAAACUAUGCUCGGCACCAGAGACUUAUUGUAGCUUUAAGAAAUUUAGAGAACAAAUUAGAUGAUAAGAGAAGAUCAGCAGAACUGAUAGGCCGUAUAACUGACCGUAAAUCCGUUGAUAAUGUUAAGGUAAAGGUUAGACGAGUUACGUUUACUUGGCAAAGAGGCAUUAAAAUUGGUCAAGGGCGUUUUGGCAAAGUUUAUACAGUAGUUAACAAUCAAACUGGAGAAUUGUUAGCGAUGAAAGAAGUGCCACUGCAACCGGGUGACAAUUGGGCUAUAAGAAGAGUAGCAGAAGAACUUCAAAUUUUUGAAGGAAUCAUUCAUCAGCAUUUAGUUCGAUAUUAUGGUAUUGAAAUACACCAUGAAGAGAUGCUGAUUUUUAUGGAAUUCUGUGCUGAAGGAACUUUAGAAAGUUUAGUAGCAGCAAGUGGUCAAGGAUUACCAGAAAUCCUCAUCAGAAAAUAUGCACAUCAGUUGUUAUCAGCUAUUUUUACUCUUCAUUCUCAUGGUGUUGUUCACAGAGACAUUAAGUCUGCAAAUAUAUUCCUAACAGAUCAAGGGAAUUGUCUAAAACUUGGUGAUUUUGGGUCUGCUGUGCAAAUUAAAGCUCAUACUACAAUGCCUGGUGAGUUGAAAGGCUUUGUAGGAACACAAGCGUACAUGGCACCAGAAGUUUUCAUGAAAACCGAAACAGGUGGACAUGGAAGAGCUGCUGAUAUUUGGUCUCUUGGCUGUUGUGUUAUUGAAAUGGCUAGUGGCAAAAGACCUUGGGCUGAAUUUGACUCUAAUUAUCAGAUUAUGUUCAAAGUUGGAAUGGGUGAGAGCCCCAUGCCACCUAAAACUUUGUGCAAAGAAGGAGUUGAUUUAAUUACAAAGUGCCUGCAACAUGACCCGAAAAAACGACCCACUGCUAGAACGCUAUUGUCUCACCCUUUUGCACGCAAUUAUGACGAUGUUAAUGCUGAUCUUAUAACUAAAAUAUCAUCAUAGAUGUUAGAUUAAAGUCAAUUAUAUAGAAUAUUAUUUUUGUUAGUAAAAAGAAUAUUUAUUGUAAAUAUUGUAUUAUAUUUUAAACAAGUUAUGGGCAUUGAAGAGUUUAUUAGAAACUUGGAAG